AUGACUACAAAUAAGUUAACGUGUGACGGCGAUAUCUAUCUUUGGAAUGGCUCGUUGACUGAGUUAAAGUGUUUUGUUGAACAAAUUUUAAAGCUUCAGGGGAAAUGUAGUUCGCCUGGCGGGGAUGUGAAGCUCUUCUGUGACAACGAAUCCAAAUUCAGUAUCAAAUGGUAUGGUCAACGAUCUCGAAAACUUAUCAUUCAAACAGAUAGUGAUGAACAUUAUUUAAAGUUGGAAUUUCAAAAAUUAGCCUGUACAUACGAGGAUAACAACCCAGACGCUGAUGAAAAUUUUGUUAACCUAAUAACGGACAUAUCCGGUAAGAAAGAUGUAUAUACAGCCGAUGAGGAAAGCCAAGUUAUAUCGCUGGAGAGGUUAAUGGAAGUUGAAGUUACCGACGUGAAUAAACAGAAUCAUGAAACUGUGAGCUGUGUUGUUGACAGGAAUGUGAAAUGCAUCGCUAAACCUGAGGUAUGUGGCCAUGUUUGUACAUGCACUUGUAGCUGUGUUAACGCGGUUGUAAGCGCGGAAUUAGAGGGUUUGAAGUUGGAAAUGACAAUCCUCGAAUCCCGGUUGCUCAGCGUAACCUCUAAAAGCGAUAAUGAGUCUGAGAUAAAAUCGCUCCGAGUAA